AUGGCGCGACUUAAUACACGACGUUCAUCUUUCCCAGCCUCGCGCUCGCUCUCAUCGCCGCCUUCCUCAAGCCAAUCCGAUCAGGAGAACAACGACCCCUCCGAAGCACCCCGGCGCGACAAGGGCAAGCAAAGAGCAACAGACAUGCCGCCGUCGCGGAAUCGCAGCUUACCAACACCAUCUACGGAGGGCAGCGACGGAUCACGAGGCCAGAAAAGAAAGCGUCCACAGCUCACGCAGCCGUCGGACAUACCGGAUGAGCUGGAUGAGAAUGACGCGAAGUACAAUAGAUAUUUCGAUCCCGACCAGAACCCUGAGGCACGGCGACAAGUCAAGCGAAAAUCGCGCGCGCUGCACCGUGAUUUUCACGGUAUGUCCCACGCGCAAAAUCUCCUGCAGUCAAUGUGCUAACUUCCGCGUCAGAGAAUCGCGAUGAACUCUUAAAGGAUGACUGUGACGGCCUCAGACAAACCGUUCUCCAGGCCAACAACGUCUUUCGGAAUAUCAAACAGACGAAUGACGCGACGGUCGACUCGCGUCUAUUCGUUGACGUUUCAAAACUCGCUCUGAAGAAGACUCAGGAAGCAGUACGGGGCGACACAAGUUCUGGUUUGGAUAUCGACGACUUUCUAAACAAAUGUCUCAGCUUCAUGAAAAAUGGUGGACAAGCUGAUGCUGAAGACCAACCGCAAACUCAAACGCAAAGGAGAAGGACACAGCUCGACGAGGACGACCUGGAUGAAGACGAGCCAGAUCACACACAAUUUGACUGGGAGUUACUGGGUCAACAUGCAUGCUUCCCAUACAAUGCGCGCCCUGCUUGUCCUUCGUUCCUGCUUGGGCCUCUUUCAGUGGAGAAGAAAGUGCGCAAGCAGACACAACGCUCCGCUCGCCAGACCAAGGAUACAAACGCCAAGGAAGCUAGGCCCGAGGCGCUCACGAAGGAUGACCUGUCGCAAUCGGAUCAAAAUUCAUUGAGUGCCAUCUGCGGCAACAUAAAGAAGCACUUGUCAGCUCACAUUCAAAAGGAGGCCAAGGCCAUGGAGCGGAAGUUCUCUUCUGAAGCAGAACUGGCAACCGAAGCUGGAAAAUAUUGGCUCAGACGACAUCGCAUCACACGAUACGGUGGACCUGUGCUGUUCGACUAUGUCAUCAACCCGCGCAGUUUCGGACAGACAGUGGAAAACAUGUUCUACAUAUCUUUUCUAAUCAAAGAAGGGUAUGCUGGAAUUGCAUCCGACGAUGAUGGCAUGCCAGUCUUGAGUAAGUCACUUCACCUCUUGUCUGCGAAGCAACCCUAUGCUAACUUCGUGACCAGCCGAGGCUGAACCUAUGGAUGUCAACCAAAAACGAGCGCAAAACAUCCAACGCCACCAGGCGGUCUUCUCGCUGGAUUACUCGACAUGGCAAAAGCUCAUCCAAGCUUUCGACAUCACCGAGUCUAUGAUAGCUCAUCGCGACGAAGGAGAGCAAAUCCAAGUCGGCUCAAGAGGGUGGUAUUCAUAG